UUACGUUUGAUAAUGGAAAAUAAGAUAAUUUUCUUUAUAGUACUCUUUGCUUCUUUCGUUUUUGCGAUUAGUUACGAAAAUACUGAUGAUGAUGAUGAUGAUGAUAUCGAUAUUCCCCCAAAAAGAUAUGACAAAUAUUCUGUACUUCGUAUUGUACCAUCCAAAGAAGAGCAUAUAAAGUUUCUUGGAGAUUUUUACAAUGAAAAAGAAUUCGACUUUUGGACUGAUCCUAGAAUGAUAGGAAAACCAGUAGAUAUAAUGAUUCCUCCUCAUAAAUUCCAACAGUUUAAUCACAGUUUGAUUGCAAACAAUAUAGAUUUUCAUCUGCUUACUGACGAUGUACAGAAAUUGAUCGAUGAAGAGAAUGAAUUCUUAAACAAAUCCGAAUCAUUUGUUUCGAAAAGAUCCUUACUUAGUUUUUUUGAUAAAUAUCAUAAAUCGAAAGACAUUUAUAAAUAUUUACAUGACAUUGCACGUGAAUUUGGUUCAAAAAUACAAAUCGAAACUUUGUGUAAGACUUAUCGCAAAAAGAAGCUGAAACUAAUCAAAUUAACUUCUAAUCCUCGUGCGAACAAACCAAUUAUUUGGAUUGAUGCUGGAAUACACGCAAGAGAGUGGAUUGCACCUUCCACAGCUAUAUAUUUCAUAUAUAAAAUUUUAAGUGGAUAUGGAUUAGAUGACGAUGCAACAAAGUUGUUAGAUGCUUACGAUUGGUAUAUAAUGCCCCUCGUUAAUCCAGACGGAUAUGAUUACACAUUCAAAUAUAACCGUUUAUGGAGAAAGAAUCGUUCUCGGAGCCAGGUGCAUUCAGGAGGAGUUGAUCUAAACCGAAAUUUUCCAUUCGAAUGGAAAGGAAUUUUAACCAAACAAUCAGCCAUUUUUCCAGAUUCAGAUGAAUAUAUUGGACCAAGUUCAAUGUCAGAAUUAGAAACUCAAGCUGUAGUAAAGACUUUAUCGGAAGUUAAAAAUAGAGUAAAAUUUUAUAUGAGUUUUCAUUCUUAUGGACAAUAUAUACUCUUACCUUGGGGCUAUAAAUUAACAGUUACUAAAGAUCAUUUUGAACUUAUGACCGUCGCAACACGUGCAGCAUCAGCUAUUAAAAAGUUUUACGGAACGAAAUUUGAACCCGGUAGCAUAAGUACGUUGUUGUAUCCUGCUACGGGAAGUACUGUAGAUUGGGCAUAUGCAGAUCUUGGAGUAAAGUACUCAUACGCUAUAGAAUUGAGAGAUAAAGGAAUGGAAAGGUUUCAGUUAAGCACAGGACAAAUAAUUCCUGUGGGGGUCAAUAUCGACCCGUGGGAAACCCUAAUACAGGCCUACAGAAAAUUCUAUUUCACGAUGAAUCGAAAGUAUAUAUUUAUAAUAAUACUUUUCCUGUCUGCUGUUGCUGAUGAAACUCUCUACGAUGAUGAGGAUGAGGAUGAUGAUGACAGUUUCCCAGACAGAUAUGAUGGAUAUUCUGUCCUUCGUAUUAUACCUUCGACAGUACAAAAUCUUGAAUUAAUUCGAGAUAUUGAUGACGAUGAAUUAGAUUUUUGGACAGAACCAGGAUUGAUAAAUAAGUCAAUCGACGUGAUGGUUCCCCCACAAAAAUUACAAAUAAUUAAAGACACUUUAAUUCAAAAUAAUAUUGAAUUUUUCAUUCUCAUACACGAUGUACAAAGAAUGGUGGAAAAAGAGCGUGAAGAAUUAAACAAUUCUGAAACCUCAUCCCGUCGAAAAAGAUCUUUAAUUUCGUUCUUUGAUAAGUAUCGAACUUCGGUACAAAUUUAUGAAUUUCUGGAUGAAUUGAGAAGUCAUUAUAGUGAACUGAUGAAAAUAAACGAUGUUGGCGUUACUUAUCGUAACAGAACAUUAAAACUGAUACAAGUUAAAGCCAUGCCUAGAUUAAGAAAACCAAUCAUUUGGAUCGAUGGAGGUAUACACGCUAGAGAAUGGAUAACACCUGCGACUGCUAUCUACUUUAUUUACAAACUUUUAACAGAAUAUGGAACUAAUAAACAUAUAACUCAUUUAAUGAAAUCUUAUGAUUGGUAUAUUAUGCCUCUCGUCAAUCCUGAUGGUUACGAUUACACCUUUAGAAAGAAGCGAUUUUGGCGAAAGAAUCGUUCUAAAAGUCCAUUACAUAAGAAAGGAGUAGAUCUGAAUCGAAAUUUUCCAUACGAAUGGAACAAUAGCUUAACACGGCCGAAUGCACGGAAACCGAAAUCACUUGAUUAUAUAGGACCUUUUCCAAUGUCAGAGAUAGAAACUCAGGCGAUAUUUAACAGUUUAAGAAACAUAAAUUCAAGAGUGAAACUCUUCUUAUCUUUACAUUCUUAUGGGCAAUAUAUUAUCUUUCCGUGGGGUUGUAAGACAGAAAACAUUAAAGAUUAUGAUGGCCUUAAAAAUAUGGGCGAACACGCUGCUGAAGGAAUUGAGGAGCUUUACGGAACAGAAUAUAAAACUAAUAGUUUAAUAAAAAUUGUGUAUCCUGCUCCCGGAAAUUCAAUCGAUUGGGCAUACGGCCAUUUUGGCAUUAAACAUUCUUUUGUGUUCGAACUGAGAGAUAAAGGAAAACGUGGAUUUCAAUUAAACAAGAAAUAUAUUAUACCUGUCGGAGAAGAAACCUGGAAAGGUGUUCAAUCUCUUGCUUAUGAUAUUUUACAAGAGUAAAAAAUUUAUAGAAAAUAAAAAAUGG